GCUUACUCACCGACGGGGAUGUGACGUCACUGAGAAGCGCCGAACUCUAGUUUCCAAAGUUUUUAUGUGUGGAGUUAUGGGCAGCUGAUAGACGAGGAUGGAUGACAUCAAUGUGCUACACCACAGAUGCCUCCUUAAUUUGAGGCGUCGAAUCAGAGACAUCGGGGACGGGCGCCCAGCACAGGAACGAUACAUGAGGUUGCAGAAGGAUGGAGACUCACUCAGUUACCAAGGGAACUCUGAGGAGGUGGGUUGCUAUGUGGCUGGCCAUCCUUUAUCAAAGGGAAACUGCUACUUUGAGGUGACAAUAGUGGACACGGGGGUGAGGGGGACUAUCGCUGUGGGCCUGGUGCCUAAAUUCUACCGGCUGGACCACCAGCCUGGCUGGCUGCCAUAUUCUGUAGCGUACCACGCUGACAACGGCAAGUUAUACAAUGGAAACCCUGUGGGGCAGCAGUUUGGACCAAAGUGUGCUCGCGGUGACCGCAUUGGCUGUGGAAUACACUCAGAAAACAUCGAAGCAGGUUUAACAACAGUCUUUUUCACCAAAAAUGGCAAAGAGGUGGGUUCAGUGGAGGUCCCCGUGUCUGCAGAGGGGCUGUUCCCUGCGGUGGGGAUGCACUCCAUGGGCGAGGAGGUGAAGGUCGACCUGCAGGCCGAGUGGUUCCUGGAGGAAGACGAGAGCAUGAUGAUGGUGGACAGCCAUGAAGAUGACUGGGGACGACUUCAUGACGUCAGGGUGAGCGGCACGCUCUUGGAGUACGUUGGCAAAGGAAAGAGCAUCAUGGACGUGGGUUUGGCUCAGGCCCGCCAGCCACUCACCACCCGCUGCCACUACUAUGAACUGGAGAUUGUUGAUGCAGGGGAGAAGUGCUACAUUGCCCUGGGCCUGGCAAGAAGGGACUACCCCAGGAACAGACAUCCAGGAUGGAGCCGGGGGUCGGUGGCGUACCAUGCUGAUGACGGUAAGAUCUUCCACGGCAGCGGGGUCGGGGACGCGUUUGGCCCCCGGUGCUUUAAAGGGGACAUCAUGGGCUGCGGCAUCAUGUUCCCACGGGACUACAUCCUGGACGGAGAAGGUGACAUGGAGGACUGGCUGGAGAUCCGACAAGGCCGCGCAGGCGUCCAGAACGUUCUGUACCUCAACGACGACGAGGAGGAUGAAGAGGAGGAGGAAGAGGAAGAUGGAGAAGAAGCAGAUCAGGGACAGGGGGGCAAGAAGGUCACGGUGUUCUUCACCAGGAACGGGAAGCUGAUGGGACGCAGAGAGAUGGCUGUUCCUCCGGGUGGCCUCUACCCGACCGUGGGGAUGCUGAGCAGCGGAGAGAAGGUCAAGGUGGACCUGCACCCCCUCAGUGGAUGAGCUCGGAGCGCUGAGCGGACUCGUGACGCCCUGCAAAACAGCUGGCUGCUCUGCCCACGGUAGCCUAGCAUGCUGCUAACACUCGCCACUCAGUUCAGCCGCACACAUGCACGUCUUCCUCCGACACUGCCUCGGCUUUAAUUUAUAAGACUUUUGAAUUUAACAGAAACACAAGCGGAUCAGAGCGUCCUCCUGGUCGCGAUGUAGCAGAGAAAAAAAAGGAUCCCUGCAGAGAGCGUUGGUUGCAGAAGUUUGUCUUGCAGAUGCUACUCAGAUUUUAAAAAAAAAGAAAACUUCUGGAGGAUAUUUAACGGUUAAUUCUAUGCAAUGUGCACCGCUCUCAUCCUCGUAACCUCCCUGUGCAUGCACACUGAGCUGUUUAAUCCCUCUCAUGAGGUCUGGCACACUUUUGUUUAUUUCAUUUGUCACCACCCCAAGCAAAGCAGAGCGAGGCCAGGAGUUGUGCCGAGUCAGAGCUCGCUGGUGGUUUUUUGUUUCAGGGAAUACACCCUCUCUCUCUCUCUCUCUCUCUCUCUCUCUCUCUCUCGCUCUCGCUCUCGCUCUCGCUCGCUCUCUCUCUCUCUCUCUCUCGCUCUCACUCUCUCUCUCUCUCUCUCUCUCUCUAUCUCUCUCUCUCUCUCUCUCUGGGUGAGGCUGCCCUCCUGUGAGCGAUCAGGGACCUGCUGUUGCCCCACCUCUCUCGCUGCUCUCCUGGAGUUCGCUGGAAGUGAACAGUGGGUCUGUUUCGUUUUUUCAUAAACGCAUCCAGGCUCCAGUUUACUAAAGAGGAUUCUUAACCUCUCGUGUGUAAAAUGUUAUCACUGAGAAGAAUCAAACGGUGAACAGAUUCCUGAGUGUUUUAUAGUUUCCUGUUGGAGCCAGACUAUAGAUAAAAAACGCUUCAGGUAUAUUUUCUACAAUCAAACUGAAUAAACGUUCAGAUGUAUCUUGUUGGUCUAAAAGUUCAGGGAAUGUGUUUUGUUUUUUGCACUUUGAGAACUCGAGUGUCAUGUGAAAGUGAGAGAUAAACACAUCAGAUAUAUGUAGUAUGCAGUCCAAUAGAACCUCUACUUCAUGAGCCAUUCAAAACAACCACAGAUUUCAAUGUAAACCGGUAGAAGUAACACAUAACAGUACAAACCUCACACAGAAGGAUCAGUCGCAGAGACAUUGAUUUGGGCUGCAUUAUACCAUACAUCAGUUUUACUGUUUAAAUAUUUUUGUUCUUCUUUUAUGUCAAAGUUUUACACCCUGUGCAUAUCCCCCUCCUGGAUAUGAAGGAUCAUCUCCCAUCCUAGUUUUCCUUUCUCCUCCAAAAAAAAACAAUAUUUUGCUGGUAGUUUAAAAGAUUCUUAAAAGCCACAAGACUUGAAAAAAACUGAAAUUAACUUUCUGCUUUUAUAAUCAAGAGGAUGGUUUCCUCUCUGUGAUGCCAUAUGUAAUGUUGAAGUAACUGCUGGAUGUUUUGUUUCUUUCAUGAUGUUCGGUUACAGUGUGAGAUGCAUGUUUAAAAAAUAUAUAACUUCAUUGAUGAGUGUCUGCAGCGUCAUCAGGGGUCUGUAUCACAAAGACACAUUAGUUUGAGCGCACUCACACUCGGCCCAGUUUGUCCCGUACCGUGCUUAGCCUCCUCAUUUCCCCCGCUGGCCUGCACUCACACUGCUCCAGGACUAACCGGGCCUGAGCAUGGUUACCUCUUGUGCAUAACAUCUUAAUACAACACAUGCAUGGCUUUACGGUACGUGAUCAUUUAGUGCUAAAUGCUCAGUUUACAAGACAGACGGUUUCCAAAAAAAAUUUAAAAAAAGGGACACAAGGUUGAGUCAGCAUCGGAGAACAACACAGAGAACAUGACAGAAACUUUACUGACUUUGUGGCUUAUUUUUAAGUCAUUUUAGUCGGAUACAGUCAGAACAUUUCUCCAUAAUGGAAGGCGGGGAUCGAUUACACUUUGUUUCCACGUUGUGUACCUGUGCUUGAGCUGCCGUAGCUCACGUCUUCCAUCAGUGCCAGGACCAAGGAAGUGUACCGUGCUUGAGCCCGGAUCUGAGCACUCACACUAACUGGACUUUGAGGGUGUAGCGUGCAGAGGCAUGGUACAGAUUGCGCCCUAAGUCCUUCUAUUGGCUUGCCUCGGCUGGCGGCCUGACACCUGGCCAAUCAGAUCACUGGGAAUAAGAGCGUCAUUUAGGACUUAAAUGACUGAAAAAUGGCCGAGGAGUACGCUGGUUAUAGAGAUUGGAAUACUAGUAAUUUUGACCGCUUUUCAUACUUUUCUCCAGAUAUUAUAAAAGUCGAACAAUCAUAUGUUAGAGAGGAAAAUAAUCAGCUGAUGAAUUCAUAAUAAAAAGUCGCAGUCGUGUAUCGGGUUACGAUCCUCCGGUCAGCGUUGAUCUCAGUGAAACCCGGGGAUCCAAACAGAACCAGACUAGUCUUUGUGAUACAGUCUCCAGGAGCUCAAACAAUCUGCAGGUGAAUGAGAAAUACUGUUUGUGUUAUUGUGUCAGUGGGAGCUGGUUUCCACACAAUAUAUUCUCUGAGUGAUGAUUUAGUUUCCUUUCUGUUUAAAGGUAACGUCAUCAACGUUAUUAAUUAAGCUGUUAUCAUCGUGUCGGUUAAUUAACCUCUUCUCUCCUACAUUUGUAUUUAAAAACAUCCGCAGCCCUGUUACAUAAAGUCAACUGUACACAUUCCUCUGAACGUUCAUCUCAGCAGGUUUCUGUCGGACCAUCGUUCACACACGAGGAUCAAAGCAUUCAUGGUCGAAGAACAGGCUUAAAAAAAACGACACAGGGUUAACUCUUUAAUCACAUAUCUGCUGGAGACCGAAUGUUCCUUUAAAGCUGUCGUCUUGCAUUUUAUUUAGGAGCCAUUAAUAAUAACGCUGUUAGCCGGUCUACAGGACGUGUCAAAUACGUUAAUCAGUGUGGUUUAUUUUCUUCUCCUGCAGGGCCGGACCGAGACUUAAACACGGGUCGUUACAGCCUGACAUGUAAAAAAAAACAACUUAAAAAGCUAGACAGAGCAAAGAUGUUAACGAGACACUGAUGUGGACGUUUGAGCCACGUCGAAGUUCAGGGUAUCAAAGUCACUUAUGUUCAAGGUAACUCAGACGUUUACAAACGUUUCAGUUUACAAAAGAAAAUCAGUUUUAACCUCAUUAGAGCUAAAUGUGGGUUAACUUUUAUUUUGUAGCAUCUCUGAAUUGACUCCUGUAAUAUUUUGCUCACCUCGUUGACUUGCACUAUAAUGGCCUUGUUCAGUCCAUGUAUGACCAUCAAUAAAAAGUCCAAGUAAUGUAA